AAGACUCACUUCUAACAAAAUAUAUGAAAAAAAAUGCUCAAGAAUAUACAAAAUUAGAAGCUUAAUCACCAAAAGAAGAGUGAAUUCUGCUAUUGAAUUUCGAAAUUGUUUGGAAGCAAUGAGGUGUAGGAAGCGGUAUUUGGAUCAAUGGGCACCGAAUGGAAGAAAAACAAACAAAAAAAAGUUAGUUUUUGACACCUCAAAAGGGGGGAAGGUUCUAGACAAAUUUUGCCUAUAUAAGUUGAGUUGUGAAUUGUUGGUGUUCAAGUUAUAGUUGUGGGGUUCUUUUAUUUUUUUUAAAUUUGGGGUUUUAAGCAUUUUUGGUGUUCAAUUCCAUUGAAGUUUUGGUUUUCUCAACUAUUUAGCUUGUGGGUGUUUGUGUUUUCUUGUUUUUUUGAAGGAACUGAUCAUCAGUGGUUUGGUCUAAGACAGCUUGUUAAGCUGUUGUUGUUCAGGAACUGAUCACCAGUAGUUUGGUCCAAGACAUUGUCGGCAACUUCUUCAGCUGUUGUCAUUCAGGAUGACUUCAGAAGUUGGCAUGAAUUCGACAUCUGUUGAAGAAGCUAAUGCUGGAGGAAAUAUAAGAAGAGGCACCCCACUGAAAAAAGGUCCUUGGCUUAAAGCAGAAGAUGCAAUUUUAAGGGAUUACGUCGCAGAGUAUGGGGAGGGGAAUUGGAGUUCUGUCCACAGGCGAACAGGACUCGCUCGCUGUGGGAAAAGUUGCCGUUUGCGGUGGGCAAAUCACCUAAAACCAUAUUUAAAGAAAGGUGCUUUCACUCAGGAGGAAGAGCAACUCAUAGUUGCAAUGCACGCUCAGAUAGGAAACAAAUGGGCGCGAAUAGCAUCUGAGUUCCCUGGCCGCACAGACAAUGAUAUAAAGAAUUUCUGGAACACCAGACUAAAGAGACAACGGCGUGAAGAAAAAUAUAUGCUCUCUCCAGGUGUUUUUUUCCGGGAAUUUAGUGAGGACAAACAAAAUAAGGAGCUGGCCACAUCAUCAUCUGCAAAUUCACUUCCCCAUCUCUUGCCUAUUAACAAUGUUGAGAUUCCAACUGCGGAAAACAGAAAUUUUGAACCUAGUCAGCAGUUGUAUCCUCCGAGGCUUCUUAAUAAUGGUUUUAGUAGCUUUCUUGGUACUCCUGCUACUAGCUUACGUGAUCAGGGUCUUAACUCUUCCUGGAAUACUCAUUCUGUCCCCUCAACAGUUCAUUCAUCCAAGCGUACACAAGGAUUAGAAUCCUGGUUCUCUAAUCGAAAUGUUGACCUUUCUCAAGCUCACCAUCAAUAUCAAAAUGAUGGUUCUUUUUUUACUCAAUCCUUGGGGUUUUCUUCGUUGCAUACUCAUAAUCUGACAUCUAAUUAUCACCCAUCAUCUGCCAGUGAAAUUCCUGGCAUCCAGGCCUCUUCUUCAGAGCACAGAUUGAAGGGUAAGCUGGAGCUCCCUUCUUUCCAAACUCCGAUGACGAGUUGGGAUUCAGCUUCCUCAGUUCCUUCAAUUGAGUCCUCCAGUACUUUUAUUCAAUCUCCUCCAAAUGAGUAUACUGAUUCUUGCAGUCUGUCACCCCAAAGCAGUGAUCUAUUGCAUGCCAUACUUUAUGGAUCACAAACACCCAAAGCUUCAAGCAGUAAUUCAUAUCAAGAGACUUCUCGUGAUGUAGUGCCAGAUUCUUGUCCUGUUCUCCGACAGAUUCAGUGGGGAACUGACCCUGAUGCGAUCACCCCUUCAGGUCAUGCUAUUACAUCGGUGUUUAGUGAAUACACCCCUAGCAGUGGAGGUUCAUUGGAGGACCACCAGUCAAUAGCUCCUUUGAUAGGAUGCAAUGUUAAUCAAGAGAUGGCUAACUUCACUCCUACUGCUGGAAAUAAUGAUACAUCAAACGACGAUUUGUUUUCUGAGACUGAUAUGUAUUUUUCUCCAAGUGAUUGGCUUCACGACUUGGAGUAGGAACCACAUCAGAUAUGCUUUUGGGGUCUGCUCCAGUGCUCCUUUUUUCUGUUUAUAGCAGGGACUACAAGAUAGUAGCUAACUGAGUAGCCACAUUAUCCGUUGAUGGGACGUGAUUGUUCUACCUCAACGAGAGCAUGACUUUCGAACAUAAUCUUGAUAAAACUGUAACUUCCUCAGCUUACACAGCAAUACAACACAACGUAACAUUUUGUGUCCUCUGUAAACCUUUUCUGUUGUAAGAACAUUGGUCUUAUUAGUUAUAGCUUGUAUAACUGUUUGUCAUCUUCAGUACUGCUGAAGCUGGUUUUCUGGCUAUAAAAUUCUGUUUUGUUUUACUGAAUUAA